GCGCGUUCUGGUCUGAUAUAAAAGCCUGUACAGGAGCGUCGAGCCAUCAGACACACGCACAGUUAACCCGAGUGAGACCGAAGCAAACUUGUUUUUCCUCGUUCGGGACCCGUAUUUCAUCAAUCAAGAGGGAGAAAACAACAAGGACGCCCACCUUUUUUUGCGCAAGAUUAUUUGGAAUUAUUUCAUACAGGGAUUUCCCCCAAGGAUCAUUCUGCUGCGGAUUAUUUAUUGACAAAAAAAUUCGAAAUAAAAAAAGAGUCUUGUCUGGGAAAAAGAGACAAUCAUAAGGAAAGUGAAUUCUUAUUUAAGGACGAGCCCAUCAAACUUUCUCCAUGUUUUUUUGAGUUGAGCUGCACCAACCUGUGGAGCUUUGAGCGAUUGUUUUGAACAGGCUGUCAACACAAUGGGACGCCUGCGUCUGACCUUAGUUGUCACGCUCUCCCUUUUCACCUGCCAGGUUUUGUGCUCGGGGGUGUUUGAGCUCAAGCUGCAGGAAUUUCUAAACAAAAAAGGGGUGUCGGGCAACGCCAACUGUUGCCCCGGCUCCGGAGGCGGCGGUUCGGCUCAUCAGCUGGGUCACCAGCAGUGCGAGUGCAAGACUUUCUUCCGGAUCUGUCUAAAGCACUACCAGGCCAACGUGUCUCCUGAGCCCCCCUGCACGUACGGCGGUGCGGUGACCCCAGUUCUGGGCUCCAACUCCUUCCAGGUGCCCGAAACGAACGCGGACACCUUCACCAACCCGAUCCGCUUCAAUUUCGGCUUCACGUGGCCGGGGACAUUUUCACUGAUCAUUGAGGCUCUGCACACAGACUCCCUGGACGACCUGGCAACAGACAACCCAGAGCACCUCAUCAGCCGCAUCACCACUCAGCGUCACCUAACAGUUGGAGAGGAAUGGUCCAAAGACAUGCAGACAGCAGGCAGGACGGAGCUACGUUACUCCUACCGCUUCCUGUGUGACGAGCAUUAUUAUGGCGAGGGCUGCUCCGUGUUCUGUCGGCCCCGAGACGAUGCCUUUGGACACUUCACCUGUGGAGAGCGUGGCGAGAUCAUUUGCAACUCUGGCUGGAAGGGACAGUACUGCACCGAACCAAUUUGUCUUCCCGGCUGCGAUGAAGAUCACGGCUUCUGUGAGAAACCUGGUGAAUGCAAGUGCCGCGUGGGAUUCAGUGGUCGUUACUGUGAUGACUGUAUCCGUUACCCGGGCUGCCUCCAUGGUACGUGCCAACAACCCUGGCAGUGCAACUGCCAGGAGGGAUGGGGCGGCCUCUUCUGCAACCAGGAUCUCAACUACUGUACACACCACAAGCCAUGUCUCAAUGGUGCCACGUGUACCAACACUGGCCAGGGCAGCUACACAUGCUCCUGUCCACCUGGCUAUACAGGUGCCAGCUGUGAGAUCGAGGUCAAUGAAUGUUCUGGAAACCCCUGUCGCAAUGGUGGCAGCUGCUCCGACCAAGACGGAAGCUAUCAGUGCACCUGUCCACUUGGUUUCUAUGGCAACAACUGUGAGUUGAGUGCCAGUAGCUGUGCGGAUGGGCCUUGCUUCAAUGCUGGACGCUGUGUCGACAACCCGGAGGGGGGCUACUUCUGCCAGUGCCCCAUGGGAUACGCUGGAUUCAAUUGUGAAAAAAAAAUUGACCACUGCUCAUCCAACCCCUGCUUAAAUGGAGCAGAAUGUGUGGAUUUAGUGAACUCGUACCUCUGUCAGUGUACUGAAGGGUUUUCUGGUACCAAUUGUGAGGACAGUAGCAGUGGCCUCUCUGGACAUUGUCUGUCUUUUCCUUGUCAGAAUGGUGGGACAUGCCAGGAGGGAGCACAUGGCUACACAUGCACCUGCCCACCAGGGUAUACUGGCAAAAACUGCAGUUCCCCCAUCUCCCGCUGUGCUCACAAUCCUUGCCACAAUGGAGCCACUUGCCAUGAGCGCGGUGGUCGCUAUGUGUGCGCCUGCUUGCCAGACUACGGCGGGCACAACUGCCAGUUCCUCUUACCAGAAGUUCCCAAGGGUCAUCCGGUGGUGGAUGGACCGGACCGACGAUAUUCCUCACUGGAAAGCGAAAGCUUUGACGAUGACCACAACGACGACAGCGGCUUUCCCUGGACCGCCGUGUGCGCUGGCGUCUUCCUAGUUCUGGUGAUUCUCAUCGGUUGCUCUGUGUUGGUGGUCUACGCCCGGGUCAAACUACAGGAGCGGCACAGUCAUCGCAGCGAUAGCGUCCGAAGCGACAGCCACGAAACAAUGAACAACCUCACGACCACCAACAAUUGCCUCCGCAGUGACAAGGAGCUGGUCACUGUCAUGACAACAUCCAUUAAAAACACCAACAAAAAGGCAGAUUACCAUUCUGAACUGGCUGGUUCGCUUGCUGGUCUGAGUGGGACCAGCGGGCUGAAUGGGCUUGGUGGAUCAGAGAAGCAAGGCUUCAAGUCUCGCUACUCCAGUGUGGAGUAUAACCUCGUCCACGAGUUGCGGCCUGAGGAGGUGUCACCGUGCAAACGGGAGGACCACGACGUGCCGGAGGUGAAGUGUGAGCUGCUGGGAGAGUCUGAUACUGAGGAAAUAUGCAGGAAAAGACAGAACAGUGAUGCAUCAGAAGCGAAACAAGCGGAAGAGUCACCAAGCUGCAGCGAAACCAUGUAUCCAUCAUCCUACGAUCUGAAGCAACAUGCCGCCAGUGAUCUUAAAUCCCAAUCAUCCAGUGAUGUCAAAUACCAGUCAAGCUGUGAUGUUGAAUAUCACUGCAGCGCCAGUGGUGAGAGCAAGUACCAGUGCGCCACAGACACCAAAUACCAGUCUGUGUAUGUCAUGUCGGACCAGAAAGACGAGUGCUUAAUCGCGACAGAGGUAUGAUACUCAUCGUGAUCAAUCUCUGGGCGAUGGUGGUCCUCGCUAACCCUGAGCAGUACAGCUCAGCUUGUCUCCGGGAGGUUUUACUCCUGCGGUUUGCUGCUGUUCCCUGGAAUUUACCGAAGGAUCCUGGAGCCAAGGUGACACUGAACCAAUGCAGAGUCAGUGAAUUUUGGACAAUGAUGACCUCAAAUGAGGACGUCGCUUUCAUAAUUGAUGCUCAGCCCUAUAAAGUAUCUUCCAAGCACCUGAAGUAGCGCAUGACUUGUUCAAAUUUGAAACAAUGAUGGACUAAGUACUCAUGCUAUCCGAUGACUUUUGCUGAAGGACAAUGGAAGAGCUUCAUAUCUAAUACAGUAUUGACAUCGAGGUGGAUCCAAGGGAGCGUUGGCCUGGAUGAUGAAAUAGUAGUACCGUGGAGUACUGAUCGAAUGAACAGAGUGGUACCUUUGGAGUACUGGGAGCUUAUGAGUUGUAGUACUGUGCUAUGUGCUAUCGUUAUUAAAGUACAGUGUCAAAGCUGUCAUAGGUGAUGUUCUGUACAGUGCUGCAGAGGACAGAGUGUAGACAUGGCAAAGGGUGGACGUCUUUCCAAGGCACUGGAGCCAAUUUCCGAAAAGAUCAUAGAUUUGUUUUUUUUUUCAGAACACAAAUGGUCCGACUACACAUCUUUAAGUCUGCAGCACUGACAGGCUAUGUCGGCUGAGCUGGUUCUCAGCAGAAACGUACAGAAGUGAAGACUCCAGUAUUGACUGCAAAUCGAUCCAACAUGGAUCCUGUUGGGCCAUACUGGCCCCUGACCCUGAAGCUUUGGAUACACAGGGCAAUAAUUUUGACAAAAUAUUCCUUGAUAUUACAAGCUGAAUUUUACAGGAAAAAAAAUCACUGAAAAUAAUCAAACACAGCUUAUGGGUUAUUUUACGACCACUAUAGAGUUGUUAGGCCCAACCUCUGACACUGUUGUGUGUCUAUGUCAAACUAUGAAGGAGUCGUCGGAACUGCCAAGACCUCCUUGCACUACGGGGGUGCACGUGGACGAGAGAGUGUGAGCACAGACAAGGUCAUUUGCAUCUUCCAACUGUUAGCCAGUUAUCAUUUUAGCCACCAUCGAUCGCCCUUGCCUGCUCAUCAUUGGUUAGCCUCAUGCGAUUCAUGUUUUUAAAUCGUAUUUGUUAUUAUUGAAACAAAGAUGUUCUUUUAAUUUAAUUAUUAUUUGUGUUCCAAUUUGGUGUGAUAUUUUGUGUUAUAAUUUAAGUAUGAUUGUUUUUUUAUUUGACAGAUAACGUAUGUAUGUAUGUAUGUAUGUAUGUAUGUAUGUAUGUAUGUAUGUAUGUAUGUAUGUAUGUAUGUAUGUAUGUAUGUAUGUAUGUAUGUAUGUAUGUAUGUAUGUAUGUAUGUAUGUAUGUAUGUAUGUAUGUAUGUAUGUAUGUAUGUAUGUAUGUAUGUAUGUAUGUAUGUAUGUAUGUAUGUGUUAGGCACUUGAGACCACUGUGACUGUGUUGUAUUUAAAAGAAAAAUUGUAUGUCUGUACAGAGCCUGUCAUUUUUGUUUGCUGGAAAAAAAGCGCAAUAUUUUUCCAAAAUAAAAGAGAAAAUAUUAGUA